AUCAAGGCCGGAGGCGUCAAGUCAGGAUUCAACCACGUGGACAAGGGAGCCUUCCAGCCGCGUCUCAUCCAUGUCAAGGGCAAGAGGAACCCCCGGUUCUCUGAGUGUUCAAACAUCGACUGGGAGCAGAUGAACAAAGGCGAUUGCUUCAUUCUCGACCUGGGACAAGUUAUCUUCCCCUGGCUGGGCUCGGAGUGUAACCGAACAGAGAAGAUGAAGACUCUGUCACAUUGUCGUAAGCUGAGAGAUGAGAGAGGAGGCAAGUCCAACAUCGUGUUUGUUGACGACGGGGAAGAGGAUAAGCUGGACAAUGAAUCAAAACAGGUGCCGAGAAGAGGAGGGGACCCUCCGUAUACAGGAAGUCAAGCCAGGUCCUUUGUCCCGCAAGGAUUUGUUGUCAGAUGAUUCCUUCAUCAUAGACAACAGCCCGUCCGGAGCCUGGCUGUGGAUCGGCAAGAAGGCGUCGCCCAAGGAGAAAAAGGAGGCCAUGAGGAAUGCCGUGGGUUUCCUGAAGAAGAAGGGCUACCCGUCAGACACCAAGGUCACCCGUGUGGUGGAGGGGGCGGAGCCGGCAGACUUCAAGUGUCUGUUCAAAGACUGGCCACAACCACCACCGCCUGGCAAAGUCUACACCAGGAGUAGGAUAGCCAAAACUGUGCAGACCAAGUUUGACGCGGCCACCCUUCACAGCAACAUUGCCCUGGCCGCAGAGACACAGAUGGUGGACGACGGAUCCGGCAAAGUGGAGAUCUGGCGUAUCCAGGACUUUGAGAUGGUUCCUCUGGAGAAGAUCCACUACGGGGAGUUCUAUGGAGGAGACUGCUACGUGAUUCUGUACACAUACAGUGUGCAGGGGAGGGAAGCCUACCUCAUUUACUACUGGCUGGGCUCCAAGUCGACGGCUGACGAACAGGGCACAGCGGCCUUGAUGACCGUCCAGCUGGACGAUAAGUACGGAGGAGCUCCCGUACAGGUCCGCGUGGUUCAGUACAAAGAGCCGCCACACUUUAUGGCCAUGUUUGGGGGCAAGAUGGUGAUCUUUGAGGGCGGCAAAGCGGGCUGGACGCGGUCACGAGACAAGCAACAGGUGAACGGAGAGGACUACAACGGGCCAGGUGAUAAGUACAUGCUGCAGGUGCGGGGAACCUCAGCCCUCAACUGUAAAGCUGUGCAGGUCCCCCUGCGUGCAGCGUCCCUCAACUCCAACGACGUGUUUGUCAUCUUCACCAAGAGUGCCGUGUACAGCUGGGCGGGCAAAGGCUGCACCGGCGACGAGAGGGAGAUGGCCAAGAACAUCGCUGCCAGGUCCCCACGAGCUUUAACAAAUGUUUUUGAAGGACAAGAGAAAGAAGAUUUCUGGAAUGUUCUUGGGGGAAAAGAAGAGGCCCCCCGAGGAAAUAAAACCCCGGGGGGGGGUCUUUUUUCCUCUUCGGGGGAUGAAGGCAGCCACCCUCCCAGAUUGUUCCAGCUGUCGAAUGCCAAAGGAUUCAUCAGUGUGGAGGAAAUACACGAGUUUGUGCAGGCGGACUUGAUCGAGGAUGACAUCAUGAUCCUGGAUGCCUGGGACUGCCUGUUCAUCUGGCAGGGCAAGGGAAGUAACAAGACAGAGAAAGACGAGUCACAGAAAUGUGCCUUGGAGUAUCUGAAGACGGACCCAGCGGGCCGGGACGAGGACACGCCCAUCUACAUCGUCAAGCAGGGACUGGAACCUCCGUCCUUCACAGGGUUCUUUGGUGUCUGGGACAGGGACUUGUGGAGUAAGGGCAUGAGCUUUGAGGAGAUGAAGAAACAGAUUGGUGAGGGGAACAUGCCCAUUGCUCAAGUCAAAGAGAGUGUGUCAAACGGUGACCAGGAUUUCAACGAAGUGCCUAAGUACUCGCUGGCUGAACUACAGGUCGCUCUGGAGGAUUUGCCAGCGGGAGUCGACCCGUCCGCCCGGGAGAUCCACCUUCGUGACGAUGAGUUCCGGAAAGUUUUCAACGUGUCCUACAACGACUUCAACAAGAUGGCCGCCUGGAAGCAGAAACAGCUGAAGAAGAGCGCGAAACUAUUCUGAGUGGACGCCCGUGUAGACAUAAGCUUAUCUCAAUUUUUAUCAAAUUUAGGGUCUGCCUAUUGCCAGGGUCAUCGCUUUAUGGUGUGUUUAUUUCUUUAUCCUCUCUCUCCUCUCCUCACUUUGUCCCAGUUAUGUUCUCGUACUUUUGUAAGAUAAACGGUUUGUUGAACGUGAGUUGGUCUUUUAAAAAAUCUUUUCUGUCAAUUUCUCCCUCUCACUCUCACCUUUUUCAAAGAUAAAACUUACAAGUUUCUAAAUUUUUUCUCAUUUUCUUCUCAUACUUGUACAGAAAGUUCUUGCUUCUUUAUAAUUCCUUUCUUGAAAAUGUUCGGGUCAGGAAAAGCAGUCAGGCUUACUGCUUGCGGAAGGUUAGUCAGCCAGGCACGAGUUAGUCAGCCAGGCACGAGUUAGUCAGCUAGGUGUGAGUUAGUUAACUAGGCAUGAGUUAGUCAGCUAGGCACGAGUUAGUCAGCUGGGCACGAGUUAGUCAGCUGGGCAUGAGUUAGUCAGCCAGGCACGAGUUAGUCAGCUGGGCAUGAGUUAGUCAGCCAAGCACGAGUUAGUCAGCCAAGCACGAGUUAGUCAGCUAGGUGUGAGUUAGUUAGCUAGGUGUGAGUUAGUUAACUAGGUGUGAGUUACUCAGUCAGCCAGGCAUGAGUUAGUCAGCCAGGCAUGAGUUAGUCAGCUAGGUUUGAGGUAGAUAGCUAUGUGUGCUGAGUGGCUUUGAAGGCGCGAGACUGUUAUAAAUACAUUUUGUAUCUGUCUGAACUGUGACUUACCUCACUGUUUGUGGACUGCGUAGUUAUGGUUCCUGCUCUACUUAACGUGUGUGUAGGCUUACAAAGAGGGCCAAAAUUCCUUAACUUUCUGUCCAACUCUGUCAACUCUGUGGUUUCAUUACUGGGUAUGAUGACAUCCCAGGAUGUGAAAGAGGAAUGUUUUGGUGACUGAACUACAACAAUAGUUUGAAGAUAAGAUGUCCUUUUUUUGUCCUUUUUUUUGGUCCUUUUUUUUGUCUUUUUUUUGUUGCGCGCUAGGUUUUUCUGUAAUGUUUCGUUGGCUUAGUUGACGUGCCGAUGUGUACUAUGCUCUCAUUCUCGUGGGAGACGAGAUUCCUGUUCCUUUAUUUGUAGGAACAGAAAAGAUACUUGACAAUUAAUUUUAACGAUGUAUUGUCUCUAAAUGUAGCUUGCAAUUAUUGGAGUGAAAGAAAAGAUGUACGCCUAUUUUUUCUUUGAAGUCAACUGUCACCAGUUAGUCUAAAUCAACAGUAGCAGCUACCAGAUGUCUGAACUUUUCGUUUUAUUGAGUUAGAAAAGGGCAGUAGUGGUUGGGGAGGGGGGGGGGGAGUGUCCUAAUGUUUUCGACGUGGAAUUUGUAUGAUCUGAUGUUCUUCUGUUCCUUUGGAAACCUAUUUUGGAUCAUCGAGUCAAGAUGACAGAGGAAAGAAUCCAUCGAGUCAAGAUGACUGAGGAAAGAAUCUUCUGGACAGAUAUCGAGUCAAGAUGACUGAGGAAAGAAUCCCUUGGACAGAUACUGGGGAUGGGUGAUGAGUGUGAGAGGGAUGAACAGAAUGAAUUUGUCUCUAUUGUAGCAUCACACUGGCAAAGCCCUGUGACACACUUACGCACGCACACACACAUACUUCCUUUACACACACACACACACACAAACACACACACACACACACACACACCUAUAGACACAAACACACACACACACACACAAACACAUACACACACACACACCUAUAGACACACACACACACUCACACACACCCACACACAUUCCCCAUGCUGUGAAGUGAUUCAUUAAUUCACCUUGGCAAUAUUGCUGUGAUUACUAUCAUCUAUUUUUGUCAUGUUUCCUACUAAGAAAGCUGCAUUUAAGUUUGUACUUCCACUUCUGUUGCUUCCAGCAAUAAACACAUUUUUUAGCUUGGUUUGUGUAUUUCCUUUUGAAUGCAUGAAUAAUACCAUAAAGUUGAUGUUUCUUUGUAUAUUGCUGCUGCCUUCAUUCGACGUUUUCUCUCGUUGUUAGUUCAAAAUGUAAUCUCUACGAUCCAUAGAUGACGUUCCACUACUCUAGGUUUGUUAUUUAUACUAUAUACAUAUAUAUAUAUAUAUAUCUCUCAUAUAUUUUGUACAUGUUUUUCUGUGCGUGUUAGAGCAAUGUUCUACUGCCUUACUGUGUGUUGUAAUCUCAUGGUAGGUUGUGACGUGUGCGUCUGUUCAUAGGUUGUGACCUGUGCGUCUGUUCAUAGGUUGUGACCUGUGCGUCUGUUCAUAGGUUGUGACCUGUGCGUCUGUUCAUAGGUUGUGACUUGUGCGUCUGUUCAUAGGUUGUGACCUGUGCGUCUGUUCAUAGGUUGUGACCUGUGCGUCUGUUCAUAGGUUGUGACUUGUAAUGUGCGUCUGUUCAUAGGUUGUGACCUGUGCGUCUGUUCGUAGGUUGUGACCUGUGCGUCUGUCGAAAGAAUACAAGGUGGGAAGUAAAUAUCAAGUUUUUCAGGAGAAGCGAAGAACUGUCUUAUUCUAAACUAUGGUACAUUCUUUAACUUUGACUUUAACUUAGUCUUUUUGUUUGUUUGUAAUUUCCUCUCUGCUUGUGUAGCUGUGGGCGUGGGCGUGGACGUGGGCGUGGGGUUACCGUCAAUGAUGUGACAGAAAGCAGAAAGUAUCUCCUGUACUGUGCUGGCACUUUUCUCCUCUUCAGAAAAAACUAUUGCAAUUUGAUUCACAAUUUAUUUUAUUCUAUUACUUUUUCAGCCUCAGAGAGUAGCGGCUAUGAAGAGUAUAGUUGUGAGACAUGUGCAUACCUGUGUUUGUUUUAGUUUUAGUAGGAAUUUUACGGCACUUGUAACACAUAAGGUCGUACGAGUGCUGAAGAUUCGAAGUGUUACAAGAGAGUAACAAACACGAAAUAGAAGGAGGAGAAAGAUAAGGAUGAUAGAUGUUUGAUAGGAAAGAGCAAACCACACCAGAGCACCUGCUAACCAACCAACCGCCCAGAUGAGUUCACUGUCUUCAUCAAAUGUUUCUGUACCAGCCGCAGUGAAAAAGGAAAGAUACUUUGUACAUUAUGGGAGUGCUCUGUUAGCUUUGCUCAGUUAGUAUUGUGCCCGACAACGGAGCGGAUGGCCUUGGUUGGAAUCCCAGUCCGAGCAUUCUUGAACUCUGGUCAUUUUGUGGAGUUCUCAAGGCUAUCUGUAACCCGUUUGGCUCAGUCCUAUAUCGGAGACUUAUGUUGACUUGGAAGGUCCUGCCUCUUGAAUACCCAAAAUAGUGUUGAUAGGGCGUUAAACCUGUACACUUUACUGCACAGUACAGAGAGAAUGACAAGUCGAUCUUUACGGCUGUGACUUUUUUUUCAUCUGUAGAGGUUCAUGUUGAAGGCUGAGAAUGUUGGGUGGAAGUUUUUGGGUUGUGCGUUAAUUUUCUUUUUUUUUUUGCUUUGCUUUAUUCAGAAUCACUUCUUAGACCUCCGCUUUUGCAGUAAAACAUUACACAGUACAUUCCUGUCCCCUUCUGCAGUGUGAAGAGUUGAUCUGUGUAAGCUGAGAAAUGUUUCCUUAGUACUUUCCUGUAGUGUGCUUGUUUGCUUCUUUAAUUAUCAUGGCAGGACUUAUGCUAUCUAGAAUUCACUAUUUACGUCGUCUGAGGAAAUAGUAGACAUUUCUUCAAUAUCAUACCACAACAUUCCUAUGAUUAUUUUUCUAAUUGUUUUGUUUUGCGUAGCAACAUUUUGAAGCUCAAGAUGCUUUUGUGUCUUCUUGUUCCUUCCCAGUAAACAAUUUUGUGAAUCGUAUAUUAUAUCUAUAUAUAUAUAUAUUAUUAUUAUAAAUGAAUUAUGACGUUAUUUUGUACAUUGUUCGACCACGCUCCGUGAAGCAAAGUAACCACUGUAUGAUGACUGUAUGGCAAAGUAACCACUGUAUGAUGACUGUACUGUGUGGAUUUAUUGUGAAUCAAGUGGAGGAGAUUGUGACAGAGACAGAGAGGGUUAUGUUAUCUGCCUGUUCUUGUGCUGUGUGGGUGUUGUAUAUACAUGACAUUUCAAAGUUCUUGUGCUGUGUGGGUGUUGUAGACAUGACAUCUCAAAGUUCUUGUGCUGUGUGGGUGUUGUAGACAUGACAUCUCAAAGUUCUUGUGCUGUGUGGGUGUUGUAGACAUGACAUCUCAAAGUUCUUGUGCUGUGUGGGUGUUGUAGACUCAGAGCAGUCGCGGUAGAAGUGUGUGGUAAAAAUGAAUGAAACUUCAAAACUAAACAAAAAUAAGAAUGAUAUUGAAAAAAGAUCAUUUCAACCAAGCAUUAUAAUUAUUAUUUCUAAAGUUGUUUUGUUGAUUAUUUGGAGAACAUUUGUUCUUUAAUUUAUUGAACGUGUGAAAAUUCUGUAAGACAGUCGUGACAUUGCAAUGAUUGUAUUACUGUUACAUUACGUGGUAUUUGUGGGUUGGUCUUCUGCCUCUGGCUCUAAAUGUUCUCCUUCAAAAAUAAGAAAUCAAAUUAUGUAGUUGAAGUCCAUUGGGUUGAAAAAAUGGGCUAGAAUUAAUUAUUUCCUGAUUGACUGUUUGACAUGAUCUCAGAGACAAACUUUUCUCAUUUUUAUUUUUUCAUAGCUCGAUUACUGAAAACUUUUUACCAAAAUGUUGAGUAACCUUACACCGAUUUUUUUCUCUGCUUACCCCUCCCUGGACCUAAGAAUACGACAGAGUUUGGGCUUUUUCCUCUGGGUGAAUGCAGCUGAACAGUGGUUUACUUUUUAGAUAUGACACCUAGAUUUUUGUGGGUUUUUUUGUUAAGUCGAUGAUGGAUCUUUUUGUCCCUUUAUUAAAAUAUCUUUAUCUUUUGCAAAUACUGAUAGUAGAAAGAUGAUUUUGUGAUUUGUAUUCACUGAGUGUUUUUUUGCUUUGUAUUUCUGUUAUUUGGCAGGUUGAUCUUUCCAUCUGUGACUUUUUUUCAUGUAUCUGUAGAGGUUCAUGUUGAAAUCAGCUCCCUCAAAACGACAGAUCUGUCUCGUUUCUUUUUUUUUUUCUCCUUCCACUGUAAAGAAACAUUUACUGAAAGUACAUUCCUAAUCUCAGUAAUGUGAUUCUCAUUAUAUCAUUAUAUGGUAAAUAUAUCAUGAGCCGGUUGAAGUGACAGUUUUAUAGAAGUUUUCCGCUUCAUUCAUUCCAAGUUUUGUGAUCAAAUAAAGUUGGUUGUGAACUUAUGAAACAAUUUAUGUACCGGUAUGAUCUCUAGAACUAGAAUCCAUGGAAAACAUUCACCUUACUGUAAAUCUUUUCAAUUGCUGCUUCCGUUUGUGAAAUUGAAACACUUUCCUGUUUAUUUCAAUGCGAGUGAAUAAUCAUCAGGUCAACAAUCUCCUAUCUUUUUUAUUUUUCCAAAUUGUGUGGUGCCCUGCUGCUUCUUGAAAUCUACUCUCCGCUUGCUGUAUGUACAGGCUAACUGUACAAAGUACAAAGUACUACAUACACAGUCAUGUACCACAUACACAGGCUAACUGUCCUGUCCAAAGGCAGUUUAGUUUACAUUGAUUUAUUUCUUACUGCGCUGAUUAUGUAGGCUAUAUGGAUUAUUUUCCCCUCUCCGAGAAUACAGCUGAACAAUGCUUUUCUUUUAAACUCUGAAAUCUGAUUUGAUUUAUUUUCUCUUUAACUUUAAAUGAUGGAUCUCUUGAUGUCCUUUAUCUUGGUAUCUCUUGAUGUCCUUUAUCUUGGGAUCUCUUGAUGUCCUUUAUCUUGGGAUCUCUUGAUGUCCUUUAUCUUGGGAUCUCUUGAUGUCCUUUAUCUUGGGAUCUCUUGAUGUCCUUUCUAUUGGGAUCUCUUGAUGUCCUUUAUCUUGGGAUCUCUUGAUGUCCUUUAUCUUGGGAUCUCUUGAUGUCCUUGAUAUUGGGAUCUCUUGAUGUCCUUUAUCUUGGGAUCUCUUGAUGUCCUUUAUCUUGGGAUCUCUUGAUGUCCUUUAUCUUGGGAUCUCUUGAUGUCCUUUAUCUUGGGAUCUCUUGAUGUCCUUGAUAUUGAAACUGGACUGAGCUUGUCAGAAUCAGAAGUCCCUUUUUUAUCAGAUUUUUUUGUUUGCUGUUUCGUCGUAAGGUCGUCAUAUCUCUGUUUUCUUUGUGGCCUACUUAAUUAAGUUGUCAGGUUUUUUUCACUCUAUAGCAAGAAAAUUGAAAUAGCUAUUACAGAAACAGAAAUUUCCCCAAAAAGGAUUUUACCUUUCAGGAAUGCAAAAAGAGGAGUUAUUUUGACAUUACUUUGAUAUUAGAUUGCAUGUUAUGCCUGUUGUUGUCUACAAAUGCAGUUUAGAAGGAGGUUUGCUGUGUUAUCAUGUAUAAGAGUAUCUUACCCUGUUUAUUAAAGAACCCCUUGACAACAAAUGGUGGCUCAAAGCUGAAAAAUGAUCACUUUUGAACAGAACGCAACAACCAAACACAGAAAUUGAGAACUUUUUUGUUUUGAAGGGAAUAGAUUUUUAAAAAGCCUUUCUCUUAAUGAAUACUAAGAUUAGUCACGGAUCAAUUCUAAGGGCCCACUGUCAAUAGAAAGUAAUAAAACAGAAACCAUGGAACCCUGACUGCAAUAUUUUAUCAAAGUGUACUGGUAUAUUUUCAUUGUGCAGUCUAUGUGAGUGCUUUUCUCUUGUCCUGUACAAAGCUCCCCCCCAAAAACAGGGGCUUGUCAAAUAAAUAAAAACUAACUGUGGAUUAAAAACAGGAGCUUGUCAAAUAAAUAAAGUUUAACAGUUUAUAACAGUGGAUUAAGUCUUGGGACUGUGGGGAGCAAAGAAAACCACAAGUAAUUUUUUCACAGAAAAUAAUAUAACGUACAUUCUUGCUGUCUCAUUAACCGUGUGUUAACUACUGCUAGUGUCAUUUUCAAAUAGGGUGUAUAUUUCAGAAGGUAUGUGUACUGUACCAUACCGUACACUUUUGUUGCAAAUCUCUGGUACUGUUGAUGCAGCUGAAUACGAUGAAAAGGAUCUGAGCACAGUAUCCUCAUGUUGUUCUUUGGCUUCCUGUACAUGGCUCAUUUCUACAGGGUAAUGUUAAAUGAGGUCACGCCGUCAGCUCUCUGUCUACCACAGACUUCUUGUCCUCUAAGUAAGUCCAGAAUUAUUGGAAGUUUUUCCCCACCAUAUCGGGCGACUGUUUGUUGGGACAAGAAGACAAAGAUUGUGGGAGUGUCGCAAAGUUGUUUUUUUCCAGUGUUUUGAAUCAUGUCACUGACUUUGAAUAUUUCAGGUGUGUUCAGUAUUACUUUUAUUUUGGUAUUGGAAUUUUUUAUUUUAGAAUCUCACGAGUUGAUUAGAUUUGAAUGUAAAACUUGCUUGUGACCUGUUCUUUGAAGGAAUAGAGUAGUGAGUAGCACAGUCAAAGACAUCUGUUUACAGUCAGCAGCACGUUCAAAGACACUUUAUAGAGACAACUGUACACUGUGAAGUCCGCCUAACACUUUGCAGUCACUUGGCGCAAUAAUGCGCAGGUGAAAAUUAUCCGUUCUAGUCACCUGGCGCAGUUCUGGAACAGGCCGGAGAAGUCUGUUGCAGUCACUCUCCUGGCUGGGUGACCAGAUGGGGUAUUUUGUGCUGCUGGCUGUGUGACUGCAAAAUGUUAAACAGAAUGUGUUUAAUCAGUAAACCGAAAGUAAAUAUAAUCCCAGGUGGUUUUUUUCCUUCUAUACAUGAACCACCUCUCUAAAUAUUGAAAACCUGACUAAAUCAUAGAAAAUCUGGCGAUGCCGCAGAUUCAGUUUCAGCAGCCUCCACUGUAUGUGGAGAAAAGUCCACGAAUGACUGCAGAGUCAGUUUCACAAGGAAAUUAUUGGAGGGGAGGGGAGGAGAGGAGAGGAGAGAGGAGGGGAAGAGAGGGGAUGACUAGAUGGCUGUGGUAGACAGCGUGACUGGGAUGGAGAUCUUCCUUCUCCCUACACCCACAAUAAUGAUUAACGAAUUAAUAAAUGAUGUUUGUUUCAUCUCCGUUUCCUCCACAUAAAUUUGUGAAAUUUUAAAUGUGAUAUUGUUUUUUUGAAAGAUGUGUUGUUUUUUUCUUUCAAAACAAGUGCUGGGUUGUACUUCUUUUUUUUCCUCCUCCUGACUGUUAUCUAGUUGUUAAACUAUGAGUGACUUUUUGUGAUAUGAUAUGUAUCAGAUUACUAUUUUACUUGUUAAAAAUCGCGUGCAGAUACUUUGUUCCUAACAUGUGUGACAUUUAUUAACAGAUGUUAAAGAUUCAAAAAUCCUUGUCUACCACCAUGCAAGUUUGGUAGAAAUUAGAAACCUCUUGUUGAUGAGCUGAUGAAGUAUUUCCUGUUCUUUGCAACAACAACAACAACAAUAACAGUGUAUCACUAAAUCUAUUACCUAUAUUUAUAAAUUUAAUUUUGCAAAGGUCAUAAUAUUAAUCCACGUUUUAUUUUGUCACAAUAACCACGGUCAUAUCAGGUCAUAUCAUAACAGCGUUGUUUUGUAAAGCCCUCAGUGAAAGGUCAGUCACCCUCAAUGAUCAAUGAAAGGUCAGUCACCCUCCUGUGUUGUUUGUGGUGUAGCCAACAACCUCUUUGGGUGUAGCCGAAGUAUUCAUCAUAUGUUUGACCUUUGACCUGUAACGUUUCCGUCGCAUGCACGUGUGAUGUGUGAGAUCACAGUCGCCCUUGGACUUGGUGGUGAUAUACUUCAGAUGAUGACACGUGUUCCCAACUAGUGUGUUUAGAUGUGUGUUGACUACUGUUGUUGUGUGUGUGCCUCAGUGUAUGAGUGUGUGUGUGCGUGUGUAUGUGUGUGAGUGUGUGUGUGUGUACUUGUGAGUGGGUGUAGCAGUGUGCCAGUUUCAGCUAACAGAUGGAUUGACGAUUGUGAUUGUAGUACUUGAUUUGUAUACAGAGUAUAUCAAUCUUUUGGAAUAAAUAACACGUUAUUAAUAAUUAUCAUGAAAUAAACUUGCAUUAUUAUAAUACCU